AUAAAAUUAUGUAUUAGUGAAUCAUCUACUGUAAUAAUUCAAAAAUAAUCUAAUUUUUAUAGUUAAUGGGCAUUUUCGCUAAGAAAAAGUUAGUUGCUUGAAUUUAAUUUAAAAUGGAUAACAAUACAUUUCAAGAUUUGGAAUCAGAAGUCGAGUUUUACAGGCAAAAUCAAGCUAUUGUGGAACAGGAAAUAAAAACUUUAAUUGCGGAUAAUCAAAAACUUUCCCAGCAAGUAGGUAUAUUGUUGAAUGAAAAACUGCAAAACACUCAGCAAGAGAAUAAUUAUGACAAAGAAUUCGAAGACUUGAAGAAACAAGUUACCUUACUUACAAAGGAAAGGGAUUCCUUACAUGUGCUAUGGCAAACUUCACAGAAAACUAUCGACGCACUUGAUAAGGAAUUAAAAACAUAUCAAAUUUACGACAAUAGAAAAUAUAAAGAUAACAACGUAGAAGACAAAAGAAAUUUAGAGCUAAAACUGGAAACAUCUUUAAACGACUACGUUGAAUUGGAAUCGAAAUAUGAAAAAAUCAAACGUGAAUACGACGCAGCGCAAAAUGAUAUGAAAAUUUUACAAAAAGACAUACAAAGUUAUAAAGAAAGAGGCAAAGAUUUAGAAAUUAAAAUAAAUGUAGCCGAGAAAAAUCUAGAAGAGUGUAAAAUCAAUUUGGCAGCGGAAAAAAAAGCGAAUGAAGAUUUAAGGCAACAGUUAAUUGUCUCCCAGAAAGAGAGUGUAGAUAGAGUGAAGAGAGAAGUUGAAGCCAAAUCUAAGGUAGCCGAAGCUCUGCAACUCUUCGAUGUAGUGUCAGCUCAGAAGAACGAAGCUUACCGGAAAAUUGCAGAAUUAACUGGGGUUAUAAAUAAUCUUAGACAAAACAUUUCAAAAGUAAAGCAAGAAACGGAAAACAAUUUGAGAGCGGAGCUGGAUGAAGUUAAAGAGAAAUGUAACGAGAAAGUAUCAGACAUGUUGGAACAUAUCAGAAGUCUGGACGCUGAGUUAGUCGAAAAAGGAAUGAUUCUAAAUAAAACUCUAAGGGACAAUAAAAUUCUACAAGAAGCAAAUGAAAUCUACAUAAAACAGGAAAAAGACAACUUGAAGUCAGUAGACCCGAAGCUCGCGUUGGCCGAGCAGCGUCUUGAAGCUAUGUUCCAGGAAUUGGUGGCAUCGGAACGUCGUAACAUACAAUUAGUUUGCGAGAAACAAUCUCUAGCUAUAGAUAUACAGCGAAUCCAAGAUAUACACAGCAGAGAGACAAAGCGCAGGGAUUGGGAGGAAAAUUUACUUAAAACACAAUGCGAUGAACUCAAACUUCAAGUGGAUCAUCUACAGAAAUCUCUGAACGAGACGCACACAAUGAUAACUCGAUUGCAGACGAUGUUGUCUUCAAGAACGGAACUAAAUCACAAAAUGAUAUCAACCAAAGAGGAAGAAUUGACAGAACUUAACAAACAUUUAGAAAGUCAAAUGGAGUUGAACAGAAAAUGGAAAGAAUCUUAUAUUGACAUGACAUCUAAGUUAAAAAAGAAUUUAGAAGCAUUAUUCAAAGAAAACAAUGAAUUGAGGUCAAAGUUAAACUUACCUUUGAUCAGGUCACCGAAGCGCGAUGAAGAAAGUUCUAGCAGUUAGGAACAUACAUUUAAAACCUUUUUCCACUAAUCAGGUCAGACCAUAGACUUUUUUCUUAUAGUCCUUUUUGAUAUCUGACUUAUAGUAAUUGGUCACUUAAAGACACUUAAAUUAGAUUUAAUGAAAAACUUAUACUAAACUCUGUGUGAAAGUUAAUUAUCGGAUACAUUAAAUUGUUGAUAUUUAAAACAAUAAAAGCUCCGUAUUUUCGGAAAUACAAAAAUAUGAAAAUACACAGUACUUUUUUGAGACACAGUGAAACGGAGUUUUAAAUGUCCUUAUGUUUUUUCAUACAAAAAUGGCAACAUUUUGGUUGACCUUGGAAUAUUUGAAGGUUGUCUGGGUUUAGGGAAUACAAAGUGCAAUAUCUAUUCUUAAGUUAAGUUUUUAGUUUAAUUUUUAAUAAAAUGUUACAAAUAUUUGUUUGCAUAAGUUUUUAUUACACAGGGAGUCAAAGUUUACCGAUGGAUUUUUAUUGUGGCAACAUUUAAUUAAAAAAAACAUUGGUAGCAAUUGUGUUAUACGUUACAAAUUCACCAUAAAUUUAUAUAUAUAUAUGUAAAAAGGGC